AUGAGCGAUGCCUACGUGGAGACUCUCGGGCACAUGGUAUCCUUGCUCCAGGAAUACAAACCCGGUCUGAUUACUCUGGACAACGUUACACGGUUAUGCAAGACACUGCGACUGGAAUCAUUCACUGACAACAUCGACAGCAACACAGUCCGUCUUUCAGCUGCUUCUAACAUCAUUGUGAUAGACAUGGAUUUCCACAAGUCUGAAAAACAAGUGAAAGAUGUCAAGAUGGUGCUGGCCAGCAAUUUCGAUAAUUUCAAUUACUACAACGAUGGAGACAACGGAAACAUUCUAUUCAACGCAUUGAACUGCUUCCCUGAUUUGCAAACAUUUUACUACAAUCUAAAGUUCCUUUCGGUUCUGGAUACUCACUCCAUUGUUGAGACGGAAGCCGCUAGCUCUCCCAAAAGAGAGAAAGUGGAUCUUUUCAGGUAUUUCACAGAACUCCCAGAACAGCUGCGAUCAUAUUUCAAAGAUGCCGGUAUCAACGCAGAACUUCGAACAAACGUCGACAAUAAGUUCGGAAUAUACGUCUUCAGUGAAGACGUUCAAAUAGCCAAGAUUUCGAUCGAAGAAUGCGACUCGUCGCUUGCGGACCGUUUUUACGACUACCGUUAUGUGAACCAUGGAUGGAGUUGUGAAAGCCUUGAAAGCGUUACCUCGGGUGUAAUGCUCACUUUGCAAAUCUGUGAUACGAACAUGCAUUUUCCCCAGGAGCUUAUCUCUCGGGACUUGGUGCUGGAUGCUGAGUACCAGAGUCCUUUCAAUAUUGUAAACCACCAAAAAUCGAUUCUUUUGUUCAAUGAGGCUACUUCAUCAUUGAUACCAGCGUCCAAAUUCAAUAUCAGCAAUGAGAACAUUGACCUUUUGGGAGAGCUUUUGAAAUGGGUCACUUGGUGGCAGAAAGUACUUUCAAAGGUACUACAAGCUUUAAAGUGCCCUGCCCCACAACCAUUGCUGGAGACGAAAACACGCCAAUCGUCCAACUCGGCUAUCAUGGCCUCGCAAAGACGUACAAGCAUCACGAGACGCCGCAGAUCUUCUCAAAAGGGACAUCGACCCAGUCUAAACGAUUCCAGCAUGAUGAAAGACGGUGGCUUACAGCAGUUCACCCUCAAUGAAGUAAUGAGCCAAGCUGUCAUCGAGGAUGAUGAACCUGGAGAAAAGACAGACCUUAUUCUGGAUGAGGAUUCUGUCACACUGGGAAACGAACGUUGCGACAGCCAGAUGGGUGUUGACGAGUGGAAUGCAUUCAUGGAAAAAUUCAUGCAACUCGUCGUUGCUUAG